AUGUUUCGUGAUCAUUUGUCCUUUCUAAAAGUCAAAGCCCUAUGUGGACGCAUUGAAGGAUUCAUACAAGGUUUGCCGGCGCCGUACCAUCUUGUUGCGCCAAAAUUAGCGCGCGCAGCAAGUACGGAGACUAGAUCGCCUGCGCGCGCGCCCUCUUUCUCUGUUUGCUGGUGUGCUAUUGCCCAGGCACCAGAAGUGGUGAACGCGGUAACAGGGAAACUGGAUAAUGAACUACCCUCACUUUUGUGUAAGCAAGCAAUGUUCGCGAGGUGGAUAUAUCUUACAAAGCAACUUCUGCCUUUACCUCAGGGGAACGGUGUUGGGAGACCAUUGGUUCAGGACCCGGAGAAGUUGCUCUACGCUGAGGCAAAGCAGCUAUCGACUAGCUAUCAGAUGGCGAAACAGUGUCUGGUAACGGCGUUUGAGAAAGCUCAACUGGGAACGUGGGUGAAGAAACCAAUAGAGCAGGAUCAAUUCUUAUGUGAGAUACACGAGGCCAGUCCUCAAGUACUGUUCGCCUAG